AUGGCUACCAUACAACAACCCAACAACAUCAUGUUCGAACAAGUCUCGAUCACCCUGAACAGCGAGACCAUCGUCCAGAAGGCCGAGGUGACCGACGAGGUUGCCGCCGACUUGACCAUUCUCGACGACGAAUGUUACGACUGCCUCAACUGCGACUACGAGAGCUUUGACCAGUGGAGCGAACGCCUCAGCGUCCCCGGCACUCCCAUGCUCUCCCACUCCCCAGCUGCCACCCCUGCCGAGCAACCCUCCACCCCACUCUUCGCGCCUACCAACCCCUCGCUCAAGUCGGAACAUCUUAGCCUUGGCGAGCGCCUCAUCUCGGCAUGCUCAUACGGCCUGCAGGCCCUCGGCACUACAGCCCUCCACGCCAUCCUCCCCUCAGACGAGGAUGACCACCACCUUGUUCUCUCCCCCCGCCUCUCCCCAACCGACAAGACCAAGUCGGACGCACACAACUCGUCUCCCUCCCCCUCCCCUGUCAUCCUCCUCGAACCAGCACGUCCUGGCGCCCACGUCCGUUUCCUCGUUAGACCCCCGCGCCCCAACAAGACGCUUCCUCUCUCGUCGAUUGCCGCUUUCGGGAGUAGCAUGUUCAGCGUCGAGGAGGAGGAGAGCAGCGACGAGGAGUUUGAGAUGUUCGAAGAAGGCGCUGAGACCAUCUAG